AGCUGCUAUCAUGAGUAGGGGCGUGUGGCGCAGCUAUGGAGCCGUUUGGGGUUUGCGGUGGGGGUCAGUGCUGGUGCUGCGAGGGCGAAGCCGCUGCAACACUUAAUGAAGUAUACACAUCACUGAUGUCCAUCCUGUGGAGAAAUGAACUGUGAGAAAAUUCAAGCAAACAUGUUCCAACUGUUCAUAGAGAGGAUUGUCUCAACCAAGUGGUUGGUACUAAAAUGAUAUGGGUGGCAGUCAUUGGUGAUUGGUUCAACCUCAUAUUUAAAUGGAUUUUAUUUGGCCAUCGCCCAUACUGGUGGGUGCAGGAAACAAUGAUUUAUCCCAAUCAGUCAAGCCCAUGCCUUGAACAGUUUCCUAUAACGUGUGAAACUGGACCAGGAAGCCCAUCCGGACAUGCCAUGGGAUCUUCUUGUGUCUGGUAUGUAAUGGUCACUUCAGCACUUAGCUACACAGUUAGAUGGAAAGAUAAAUCAGCAGUUAGCCUUCACAGACUGACAUGGUCAUUCCUCUGGAGUAUUUUUUGGAUUAUCCAGAUCAGUGUGUGCAUCUCAAGAGUAUUCAUAGCAACGCAUUUCCCUCAUCAAGUCAUUAUUGGAGUAUUUGCUGGCAUUCUGGUGGCAGAAGCAUUUGAGCAUACAUCUGCUAUUCAGACAGCAAGCUUGGGAAUGUACAUCAAGACAAACUUGUUUCUUUUCAUCUUUGCCCUUGGCUUUUAUCUAGUCCUCAAGCUUCUUGAUAUUGACUUGCUAUGGUCUGUUCCAAAGGCCAAGAAGUGGUGUGCCAACCCAGACUGGAUAAACAUUGACACAACUCCAUUUGCUGGACUGGUGAGGAAUUUAGGUGCGCUCUUUGGCUUAGGUCUCGGAAUUAAUUCUGAAAUGUUCAUCACAAGCUGCAGAGGUAAAAAUAGCUGUAAGAUAAGUUUCCGUGUGGUGUGUAUAGCUGCUUCUUUAGCUACACUGCAGCUGUAUAAUUUCGUUAAGAUACCUACUCAUACUGAAUAUUUGUUCUAUGUUCUCUCUUUUUGUAAGAGUGCAGCUAUGCCUCUGACCGUAGUUGCCUUGGUUCCAUACUGUGUCCAUUCAUUAAUGAGGAAAACUGAAAAGAAACUUAAUUAGAUAAGAGUUUCCAGAUGGUUAGCGAUGGGGGGGAUGGAUAUGAAUUGAUCAAGAACCCUCAACAACAGGCAGUUUUUCCAACUCAUUUUAUCCCAAGGGGAUCCCACUGCAUCUUUGAUGUGCUUCUAGUAAGUAACGAGUGCAUCCAACAUCAGUGCAUUCAAGAAUGACCUUGCCAGCUCAGAAAUACUAAUUGCUGAUUUUUAUUUUUUUUUCCUAGAAAUAUUGUAACCACACUGCAGUGUGGUUAGAAAUGACCAAGUACUCUGGGUCAUAACAAAUUUUCAAAGUAUAAUCAGUUGGUUUCAUGUAGCUACUUGGUGGUCUUUUAUUUCUGUCCAUCUCCAGCUAGAUGAUGCUUUGAGCCUCAGUUGUACAUAGUGAUACUCAGUAUUUCAUUAGAUAGGUAGAUAGAUAGAUAGAUAGAGAGAUAGACAGUGUUAAACUACCAGAGAAGGUUGUGAUAGUAUCACACCCCCUCCAACUCUGCUGCUGUACACUGUGAAAAGGCCAGCAUAGUUAUAAACAAGACUUCAGAGUUAACUUCUUGAGCUUCCUGAGCAAAACAGCUUCUUAUUAAGCCAGAUGACGAAAAAUACUGAAUAUUUUGAUUAGACUCUGUUGAAUAUAUUUUCGCAUUACUGUGUGGGUUUUGUCAUUUCUACCUUUUGAAAGCAGUCACAUGAAUCAUCACUGAUACAGAUUAUACCUUUAAUACUGAAAAUGCAUAAAUAUGGUGUAACAAAUCUUUGGAUUUUGUACAUCUGCACAGAGCAACAAAUGAAGAACGUUGUCAAUAAUGAAAUCAUCUCAGCAUAGCACUUUGAGAAUGUUGUUCAAGUUCCUGUAUUGCAAAGGUAAAAAUGAGUCUAGUUCUCUCAGGUCAGGUCAAGUCACACACCUGAGUUGCUGGUAGCAGUUGAGUAAAUCAUGACAAUGUGAUUGCAGACUCACUGCAUGUUUAUAUUCUUAUCAGCUUUGUUUACCUCAGCACACAGGUAACUGAUAUGUUAAAUAUGUUUGCUAUAUAAAAUGGAUAUUCUAAAUAAAGGCAGGUAUUUUCCUUUUGUAUUCACUAUUUAGCAUAUACUGUUGUAUGUUCAUUUCCAGUGCAGAAGCUUUAAGCAGUAUUUUGCUGAUGCCAUCUCAUAAGACAGUAUACAAGCAGCAUAAAGCUGUAAUGUGGGUGAUGAGGGCAGUGUAUGUAUGAUCUGAUAGCAGUAAGGCUUAAAAGAUGUAAGCAUGAUAUUGAUUCUAGACUUCCGGUUAGUUGUGUGAUAAUUGAAAUUGAAUCUUAAUUAAUUGGGAAAAUAGGUGAAUAGUUUGAGGUGGCCCUUAGGAAUGAACACGGUACAAAUUACAGAAGCAAAUCUGAAACAGGCAUCCUUAUUCAAGUGUCUGCUAAGACUGCCUUAACAAAAUUAAUCAUCUGGUUUUAACAGUCUGAGUAUUGUGCUUUAUACAUCUCCUGAUAUCUUCUUAAAUGGUUCUCUGAACCCUUUUUUCCCAUAGCAGGUGUCCUGAAACCACUUUGUUCUAUAGUUCUGACUCCUUAAGCAAAAUUAUUAAGCUGAUGGGACUGGAAGCAAAUAAUGAAUUACAAAGAGAGCUAUGACAUUGAUUUGUCUCAUGUUCAGGUUGCUCUGUGCUAUGUUAUUCCCUGCUGGUGAGGUGGCCUACAGAGGCAUCACAAAACUAGGUUGGUCUGGGUAUCCUGUUCCUCUCUCCUGACCAACAGUAACAGAUUCUCUGUGCACAGCUGUCUCUGCCUCUUGCUGCAGUGCUUGGGCCUGCUGGCAGGGUUGGCUGUUUUAAGAAGGGAGUUAUGGCAGACAUCACAUUUCUAAGUUCCUGCGACAUGAGGGUCUGUGCUUCCCAAUAUUGACAGAAGAAUGUUGGUGCUUCUGUUUGUUAGGAUAGACAUAACCAUAAAUGUAUGAUGACAACAAGUAUUUCUGCAGUAUUGUUCAAGGCACUGUACAGAGAUGUGAGAAGAUAUGGGUUUUCACUUGCUUUGUUGGUGUCCUGUUAAUUCUGCCCACAACUUCAGUUCUUCAGGGAAAGGAGCAAAGAUCAGUUUCCUGUCUGAACCACCUCUUAUUCUUUCUACAGCUAUUAAAACAUUACUAAAACCAAUAUUGGUGCCCAUGUGGCUGUGCUCCUGGCAAGGAGAUGACAGGCUCCUUUGGAGGCAGGGGCUAGUCUAGUUGCAUUGGCCUUCUCAACAGCUCUGUCCUGCACAGCAGACAGAUAUGAUCUAGAAUCACAGAAAUACUUGUUAACUGUGGCAAGAUACUCAUCUGCUUGUCUGAAGGGUAAGAGAUGAAGUACUAAAACACAAGAUCCAGUAAAAAAAUACAAUUUAUUGGUAUAAUUUGGGCCUCAAAAGUGGUGUGCUUUAUGCAAAAAGAACUAUGGACUAUUAAGUACAUCAUCACUGUAGUUUUAAUAGAAUUGUUGUUUUUCCAUGGGCUAAUAUAAAUUAAAUGUCUCACAGGUAUGUCAAUAGGUUAUUCAUAGUCACUCUGUCAAUAGUUUCAGUCCUGAGCCAUCCAAUUAAUUAUUGUUAUGAAACAUAAAAAGGCUAAAAAGAUUAAACCAUAAGCCAAAUAAUUCAGCUUCCCUUUCCAUUUGCAAUUAAAGAUUAAAACACAGACUUCCUUGGCAAAACAGUAUUUCAGUGUGAACUAUGCGAGUUCAGCUUGUCUGUUGAAGUAAUUCUGUUAAUGGAGUUGUACAAAAGUUGAAAUUGUUUCUUUCUAUGUGGAAUUAAGGGAUGUAUCCUAAUACAGUGUUCACCCUUACAGCUCCAUUCAAGUUUGCAGCAGUUGGUAUUAUGGUGUAGAUUUAUAAGGAACUCAACUGUGCUGGGAUUUGUUCUAAAGUGGGUGAACCCUUCCCCCUGCAGCUUUUAGGAC